AUGUCGGGCACGUCCUCCAGAUCUGUGAGGCGUGUUCAGAUCCACGAUGCGCGGCGUUCGCCGAGUCGAGGACCUCCAAUUUCUCGGCGCGUGACUAUUGAAGACAAGCCGCCACCUCGUCGAGCGGUACCGCGCAUCUCUCAGCGCGUGCUUGCGUUUCAGAAGCAAUGGAAGAGCAUCAAAGACGACCUUCCACCUCAGCUGUCUCGCCGACAUAUGACGAACUUCACUAUGCAAGUCGGCAUGAUAUCUAUCGGCGGAGUAGUUGGUACCGGAUUGUUUCUGGGAUCUGCCCAAUCCUUGGUCUACGGUGGUCCUCUGGGCGCUCUCCUUGGAUAUUCGAUUAUUGGCAGCCUAGUGUACUGCUUAUGCGUCUCUAUUGGCGAGAUGAUUGCUUAUCUUCCGAAUGUCGGCGGUGUCGUUGGUAUUGCCGACCUGUACGUCGACAAAGCUUUAGGCUUUGCUCUUGGUUGGGCCUCUUGGAGUUUCAUGGCCGCCUCGUCCUACAGUUUCAGUGACAAUAUUCAACAGCUCGGUAUAGCUACGGUGGUGAACAUGUUACCCUCGCGAAUGUACGGCGAGUUUGAAUUCUGGUUCUCGUGCCUGAAGGUCGGAACAAUCACUACUCUGUUCUUGUCCUGUCUCCUUAUCGAUGUUGGAGCUGGCCAUGCACAGGCAAUACCACCGACAAGCUCUCACUUGACUCAACACAUUCUGUUCAAGAACUGGGACCCACCAUUUGCAAAUUCCUAUCUUGGUAUCUGCGGAGUGAAGGGUCAAUUCCUUGGGUUCCUAGCAGUGCUAAAUCAAGCGGCCUUCUCGUUCUUUGGAUCUGAGGUCCCCGGAAUUGCAGCGGGCGAGGUUAUUGAUGCAACGAGAAAUGUCCCCCGAGCAUUAAAGCGUGUGUGGGUCAGGAUCAUUCUGAUAUACAUCUUGAGCAUCUUUGCUAUCGGGCUCACUGUGCCUCAAACCUAUGUGGACCUGAGAGCAAAUGCCUCAAAUGGGUUUUCAUCACCAUUUGUUAUUGCAUUGAGCAGAGCCAAAUGGACAGUUCCUGCCAACUUCAUCAAUGCCAUUAUCAUGCUUUCGGCCUUCUCAGUAGCCGCUUCUGAUAUCUAUAUCGGCAGCCGCUUCAUGUUCUUCUUGGCCCGCAGAGGUCAUGCUCCCGGGUUUCUAGCUUCACUUUUCAAGUAUCCACAGGACAAGACACCAGCUCAAGAAUUGGAGGAGGAAGACACUGAUAGUGAUGAAGAAGAAGAAGAAGACUGGCAUUCUGCUGUGGAAUCUUUCACUAAUGCAGCCAUCACUGAACAUUCUGAAGAAGAAGCUGCUCAGCACCCUUCAUUUUACAAACCAUCAAUGAUUUGGACCAUUCCUCUUGCAAGUGUUCUGGUGACAGCAUCUGUAGGCUUGCUAGCCUACAUGGCCACUUCCAAGUCUUCUAGUGCUGUUUCAGAAACAUUUGCUUCUUCAGCUGCUACUGCUACAACUACAGUCAUUUGUGGUGUCACUAUGGCCUUGUCUACUGACACAAGUGACACUAUGGGUGUAUCUGAGGCAUUUCAAGUACUUGUGUCAAUGGCCAGUGUUGCCUCAUUGAUCUCAUGGUCGGGGAUGUUAUUCACAUACAUCAGAUGGUAUCAUGGAACAGUCCAUGCAGAAAGAAAAUGGUCCACUGGUGAUCCCAACAAAGUGCUAGCUCAAAUUGACAAGAUCAAGGAGCAUAGGCACAAAUGCCAGCCAUAUCCACUCACAGCAAUCAACAUCCAGGAGUGUAUUUAUACACAACGACUGGAGAAUUGCCACCACUGGCCCGAAGGGAUCCUGGGCGAGUGA